ACACAGCGGCCCGAGCCGGGUUUGGGGGUUGGGACCUCCGGCUGCAGGUCCGCCGGGGCCAGACGCGCGAGCGCAAGCAGCGGGUUAGUGGUCGCGCGCCCGACCUCCGCAGUCCCAGCCGAGCCGCGACCCUUCCGGCCGUCCCCACCCCACCUCGCCGCCAUGCGCCUCCGCCGCCUAGCGCUGUUCCCGGGUGUGGCGCUGCUUCUUGCCGCGGCCCGCCUCGCCGCUGCCUCCGACGUGCUAGAACUCACGGACGACAACUUCGAGAGUCGCAUCUCCGACACGGGCUCUGCGGGCCUCAUGCUCGUCGAGUUCUUCGCCCCCUGGUGUGGACACUGCAAGAGACUUGCACCUGAGUAUGAAGCUGCAGCUACCAGAUUAAAAGGAAUAGUCCCAUUAGCAAAGGUUGAUUGCACUGCCAACACUAACACCUGUAAUAAAUAUGGAGUCAGUGGAUAUCCAACCCUGAAGAUAUUUAGAGAUGGUGAAGAAGCAGGUGCUUAUGAUGGACCUAGGACUGCUGAUGGAAUUGUCAGCCACCUGAAGAAGCAAGCAGGACCAGCUUCAGUGCCUCUCAGGACUGAGGAAGAAUUUAAGAAAUUCAUUAGUGAUAAAGAUGCCUCUAUAGUAGGUUUUUUCGAUGAUUCAUUCAGUGAGGCUCACUCCGAGUUCCUAAAAGCAGCCAGCAACUUGAGGGAUAACUACCGAUUUGCACAUACGAAUGUUGAGUCUCUGGUGAACGAGUAUGAUGAUAAUGGAGAGGGUAUCAUCUUAUUUCGUCCUUCACAUCUCACUAACAAGUUUGAGGACAAGACUGUGGCAUAUACAGAGCAAAAAAUGACCAGUGGCAAAAUUAAAAAGUUUAUCCAGGAAAACAUUUUUGGUAUCUGCCCUCACAUGACAGAAGACAAUAAAGAUUUGAUACAGGGCAAGGACUUACUUAUUGCUUACUAUGAUGUGGACUAUGAAAAGAAUGCUAAAGGUUCCAACUACUGGAGAAACAGGGUAAUGAUGGUGGCAAAGAAAUUCCUGGAUGCUGGGCACAAACUCAACUUUGCUGUAGCUAGCCGCAAAACCUUUAGCCAUGAACUUUCUGAUUUUGGCUUGGAGAGCACUGCUGGAGAGAUUCCUGUUGUUGCUAUCAGAACUGCUAAAGGAGAGAAGUUUGUCAUGCAGGAGGAGUUCUCGCGUGAUGGGAAGGCUCUGGAGAGGUUCCUGCAGGAUUACUUUGAUGGCAAUCUGAAGAGAUACCUGAAGUCUGAACCUAUCCCAGAGAGCAAUGAUGGGCCUGUGAAGGUAGUGGUAGCAGAGAAUUUUGAUGAAAUAGUGAAUAAUGAAAAUAAAGAUGUGCUGAUUGAAUUUUAUGCCCCUUGGUGUGGUCACUGUAAGAACCUGGAGCCCAAGUAUAAAGAACUUGGCGAGAAGCUCAGCAAAGACCCAAAUAUCGUCAUAGCCAAGAUGGAUGCCACAGCCAAUGAUGUGCCUUCUCCAUAUGAAGUCAGAGGUUUUCCUACCAUAUACUUCUCUCCAGCCAACAAGAAGCUAAAUCCAAAGAAAUAUGAAGGUGGCCGUGAAUUAAGUGAUUUUAUUAGCUAUCUACAAAGAGAAGCUACAAACCCCCCUGUAAUUCAAGAAGAAAAACCCAAGAAGAAGAAGAAGGCACAGGAGGAUCUCUAAAGCAGUAGCCAAACACCACUUUGUAAAAGGACUCUUCCAUCAGAGAUGGGAAAACCAUUGGGGAGGACUAGGACCCAUAUGGGAAUUACUACCUCUCAGGGCCGAGAGGACAGAAUGGAUAUAAUCUGAAUCCUGUUAAAUUUUCUCUAAACUGUUUCUUAGCUGCACUGUUUAUGGAAAUACCAGGACCAGUUUAUGUUUGUGGUUUUGGGAAAAAUUAUUUGUGUUGGGGGAAAUGUUGUGGGGGUGGGGUUGAGUUGGGGGUAUUUUCUAAUUUUUUUGUACAUUUGGAACAGUGACAAUAAAUGAGACCCCUUUAAA